UUCUUUUUCUUCUUGGUUUUCUUCCUAAUAAUCUACUACUCCAUAGCCUUCAAUUGCUUCCACUUUCUUCCAUUCUUUCACAAGUAUGGAAAUUGAAGAAUCCAUGACAGAAAGUAUCCAUAGUGACUCAAAAUUUGAUGGAUACCAUGGAGAUAACCAUGCUAGGAAAAUGUUCCAAGCCCUGGUUAGAAAUCCAUCGGUGCGAAGAUAUGCAUCAGAUGUUUCAGAUGAAUCACUCGACAAAACAAAACCCAUUAAGAUGCUUCAGAUGGGCGUGGAUAACAACGAUCCUGCUGAGACUAAGUUUGCAUGGCUGCGUUCACAGUUGGUUGGAGCCGAUGUCGAAUUCGACACCCCCUUCGGAAAACGCCUUCUUACCUAUGCUGAUCAUACUGCUUCUGGAAGAGGACUUCGCUACAUUGAAGAUUAUAUCACCAACGAUGUUCUUCCCUUUUAUGGGAACACUCACACAAGCGACAGCUUCGUGGGAUACAAAACAACAAAGACGGUACAUGAGGCGACGAAUUAUAUCAAGAGUUGCUUAGGAGGCGGAAUUGACGAUGCACUCAUCUUCUGUGGCUCCGGCACCACAGCCGCGAUCAAGCGUCUCCAAGAGGUGAUGGGAAUUGCAGUUCCCUCGAUCAUGAGAGAGAGAAUGCUGAAGACCCUGAAGAAUGAGGAGAGAUGGGUGGUAUUCGUUGGGCCAUUCGAGCACCACUCCAAUGUCUUAUCAUGGCGUCAGAGCCUAGCGGAGGUGAUCGAGAUUGGACUUAAUGAAGAGGGUUUUCUAGAUAUGGCAUCUCUGAAGCAUCGACUUGAGAAUUAUAAAUCCUCCAAUCGUCCUAUGUUGGGUUCAUUCUCAGCUUGUAGCAACGUCACCGGAGUCUACUCAGACACACGAGCUAUUGCUCGGCUCCUUCAUCAACAUGGUGCCUUUGCAUGCUUUGACUUCGCUGCUAGUGGUCCAUAUGUAGAGAUCGACAUGCGAACAGGAGAGCUGGAUGGCUAUGAUGCUCUCUUUCUUAGCCCACAUAAGUUCCUUGGUGGGCCUGGAACUCCUGGCCUCCUCCUGAUGAGCAAGGCCUUGUAUCAGUUGAGAUUUUCUCCUCCAUCAACUUGUGGAGGAGGGACUGUCAGCUUUGUCAACGGCUUCUCUGAAAGGGAUACCUUAUAUUAUGAAGACAUAGAAGAGAGAGAAGAUGCCGGGACCCCACCCAUCAUCCAAAAGAUCAGAGCAGCUUUAGCUUUCUGGGUGAAGGAAUACAUUGGUUACAGUGUGAUUGAAGAACAGGAACAUGUCUUUGUAAAUGCAGCCGUCAGAAGGCUUCUCCCCAACCCAAACAUAUGGGUGUUAGGAAAUACAAAAGCAAAGAGACUAUCAAUCAUCUCUUUCCUUGUUUUCACCACCACAAAUUCUUCAAUGGAGGAGGGAGAAGAUGGUAGCAGAAGAGUAAGAGACAGAGGACUCAACAUGUGGAGGGAGUCAGGGAGCAAGAAGGAUAAGCCUCUCCACGGGCUUUUCGUGGCCAAGCUGCUGAAUGAUCUCUUUGGCAUACAGGCCAGAGGCGGGUGUGCUUGCGCCGGUCCUUAUGGUCACCUUCUGCUCGAUGUCAAAGAGACUCUUUCGCUUGCCUUUCGGUCUGCCGUCCAAAAGGGCUACUCUGGUGUGAAACCUGGAUGGACGAGAGUUAGCUUCCCCUAUUACAUGUCCAUUGAAGAAUUCGAGUUCAUCCUGGCUGCAAUGGAAUUUCUGUCGAUAUAUGGACAGCGAUUCCUUCCGCUGUAUCAUUUCAACUGGAAGACUGGCAACUGGACUUUCAAGAAGAGAGCAUUCGUGGAGAAACAAAUAGGGGAAGUGCAUGAGCUUGACUUCAGUAAAUUGUUGUUAGCUUAUAAGAAGGCUAACGGAGUUGUUGAUAAGUAUGCAUCCUACCUUGAGACUGCUAGAAACAUAGCGAAUUCCCUUCCGCAGUUUCCUCCUCCACGGAAGGUGCCGAAAGAUAUUGAUCUCAGCCUUGUUCACUUUAGGGUCUAGGUCCCCUCUCUGCUGUCCUUUUGUGGACCUGGACUCAUCUGCACAUACAGAAGUAAAAUAAAUAGGAAAAUUAGGAUUGCAUCCCGUAAUCCUUAGGGAAUUACAGCUCGUAAUCCCUAGGCUCAGUAUUGUAUGGGAAAAAAAAUUACAUAUAUA